AUGGCUUCAAUGGCACCGUCGGAGGAGCAGAUCUCGCAGGUCAUUGACUUUGCAGGUCUCAACCCCCACGAUGACCGGACCAUGGUCAUUCAGGCGCUCAAGGACACUUGCGGCAACGUCGAGACAGUUGUUAUGCAGUACUUUGAUAACCCCGAGUCGUUUCGACGCAAGUUCUCAAGUGCGUGGGACGAGAGCUUAUUCCAGGCGGAAAGGGACGGUACGGUCAACCCUGCAGGCAGGAACGAUGGUAUCAAGAGCAACACCCCGCCACCAGAAGUUUACGGGUCUAUGGCACCGUCGCGACCACCGUCGAGAUCAAACGGCCGGUCACCACUGGGUAGAAUGGUGGACUGGGCGGCCGGAGAUUCGCCCGGGCCGACUGCGCCGUCCAGGGAAGACGAAGACAUGCAAAGGGCGCUUAGAGAGUCUGCUCAGGAAGCUGGUAUUGCCAUGACAGAGCAGCAAUCCGGUCUCACAAGUACGCAGUCAACGUCAACCCCCUACUUCGGCCCCGCGAACCGAAACGACUACGAUCAGAGUAACUGGGCCAUGGUUCCGGCUGGGCCCUCAGAAUCCCAAGCUCCCUGCACCCCCUCGCCGUCAUUACGGAAACGGACAAGCGGAGCGCCGGCCUUCUUGGUACAAGGCAUGAGUACAGUGGGCAACCAUGGACUUGGCGGCCUUCUUACCGUAUUACACCAGAUUCCCCUCGCGAGAAAUGCUUUGCUGGAGAUUGGUGAACCUGCUACCUCGUAUGGAUUCAACAGCGAGUGGUGGAAGGGCCAGGAGAUCUUACCAACACACGUAGUUGAACGACUGCAGGCAGGGGACCUCCAGUGGGGUCCCCAGGAUGGGAGCAAACCCGAUGUGGAGGAAGAGAUUCAUCGACUUUUGGCAUUCUUGGACUCGACGGAACGAAGCUAUGGAAGUGUCAGUGUUCUCACGGAUCUGAUUCCAUACCCAAGCCUCGGGCCCGAAAAGCAAUUUUACGAGUACCUGGGACCCAAGAAUGAGGAAAAGCUGAAGCCACUGAUACACUCAGCGGCGCUUGCGCCCGUCUUCGGUGAUGACUUGGGCGACGAGGAGGCCAAAUUUGGACUCUUGGAAAUGGAGCACUUGCGCAGCGACUACGCGUACAUCAAGACCCUUUACGAAUCACUGGAUCAUACCAUGUGGAGCGACGUUUUGUCCUGGAACGAGCUACAUGAAGGGUCAAAGAUGGCCAUGUUCACAGAGACGGGCGAGGUGCUGGCUGUCAAAGUUAAUGGCGACGGACCACAGGACUCUAUCGACAUUCCUGAAAAGCUGUACUUGGAAAAAUAUCAAACAAGCCGCAAGGAUGAGGCUCGCCGUAUCCAGGUGUCAUGGUGCGACACUAAAAAUGCCAUUAUGAAAAUCGCAAAGGAAGAACAGCAACUAUUCGAGUGGCGCAAUGACUGGGAUCACCAAAUGAUAGACAAGAAGCAAAUGAUUCAAAAGGCUAGGGACCAGUGGCAGGUAUAUAGCGAUUACCUGCUCGGGUUGGGCAAGUUCCGAGGAAUGGUGGCUUCUGGCUUUGAUACGGACAGAUACCCAGACUACCGAAUGGCUCCUUGUGAAAUGAGCGAGAGCGAAAACAAUGCAUUUGAGAGAGUCGACGAGGUGUUGAAGAUGCUCCUUCGCAUGCUCUCCGAUAUUGACAAGAGGUUAACUUCCCUCAACACCCAGACGGAACAACUGAUGGCCAAGCAAAGGUUCCUUGGCCGGCUUCUAACACAGCCGGAGAAGAAUAGACCACAGCCCAUGAAAUGCAAGGAAUUCCUUUUACGGGGAGUGGUUACGCCGUCGGACGUAACCUACGUCUGCCAACGAGCUGAACCCGAUCUGAUAGCAUUGGAAGAGAAGCCGAAACAGCUGGAUCAGUGGUGGCGGUUGGCCUUUGUCCCAAAUGGAGAGCAACCGAUACAGGCAGAGAAAGUAGAGAUUGAGCGUGUGCUACGGGAUGUCUGGCAAGAGACCAAGACACCAUUGAUGGUAUACGCUACCGAGUCAGCCUUGAACGUUGCACGAACGCCCUUGACAGCACCACUGCAGCGUUUCGCAAGAGCGGAUAAUCAGGCAUUUCGCCAAGAACUAGAUCGUGAAGCCACAGAGGCGGCCGAAGCAGAAGCAGAAUCUGCCGAAAGCAAGGAAGUGCCAGGAUCGGGACCAUUAGAGGCCGUUUCACCAUCCAAGAGAAAGCACCGGGCUAACAGCAUUGAUUCAAUGGAUAGCAACCGCGCAUCGAUUGGAAGCGAUGAUGCCCAGCGACAGAGAGAUUUCUCUGGAGGCGCCAUGUGGUAUAUCUGA